CUGUGUGUGUAUUCAGAGAGAGAGAGAGAGACGAGGUCUGGCGUCUCCCGGUAGUAAAUCUAUCAGGUCUCGAGCACAAAAACUCGGAGAAACAGACAGAGAAGAGGGAGAAGAGGCCUCUCGGUAAUCUCACUGCUUUACCGGUUACCUGGACCAGCAGCAGCAGCGCGUGAAGCCUUGGAAUAAAUAUCCCGACUAGAAGGACGGAUGGUCGCGCGGACGGGCUGCGCGCUCUGAAGUUGGACAGACUACCGAGACACCGACAGCCAGCAGCAGCAGCAGCGACAGCAGCAGCUUUUGUUCCCCCCCCACCUCCUCCCCGAACCCCGUGAAGGCAGCGGCGGCACCGGGAGGCUGUGCCCGCGCACCCCGACUAUGAAGCUGCCGUGGCUGUUGGCGCUCACGGCGCUGCUUGCUCACACCGCCACGGGACAGACCUGGUCGCCGUCAAUCGACGACGAAGGCUCGACGAGAGACGAGUUCUACGACGAUGAGGACCUCUACUCGGGCUCCGGCUCUGGCUUUCCUGAGAUCAGCGUAAGGCCAACAUCAGCAGGCGUGUCCUUCACCACAGAGGAGCCCCUCCUCCUCUCCACCACGCAGGCCACAGGCCCCGCCCCCUCCGCCUCACCUGCAGCUGAACCGAGCCCCAACCCAGAGGACCCCACCGCCACCCCGCUGCCCACCGAGGCCGAUGGAGAGAGCGGUAUCUUCUGGGAAAGAGAGCUGGAGAAGGAGAGGGAAAGAGAGUUAGAGAGGGAGAAAGAGCAAGAUGAAGAGAGGCAGAGGGAACUGGAGAAGGAGAGACAGUUGGAGAGGGAGAAAGAGAGGGAAAGAGAGAGGGAGCGGGUCCGAGAGAUGGAGAGAGAGAGGGAACGGGAGAGAGAGCGCGAGCGAGAGAGGGAACGUGAGAGAGAGCGAGAGAAAGAGAGAGAGAGGCAGAGAGAGCGUGAGCUUGAAAGAGAGAGAGAGCUGGAGCGAAUCAGGGCCGCAGCCGCCCAGACCACCGCUGCCCCACGAUCCCCCGCCGCCUUCCCCGUGGUGACCAGCAACCCUGCAACCAGCCCUGCAGAAAGCGCAGUGCCCUCUGCCGGGUCGGAUGACCUGAGCACCACAGAAGAAGAGGAAGAAGAGGACGUCUACCUGUCACCUGAACCAUCAGCAUUCUUCCCAGGCUUCGACAUGGAGACCACCACCGAGGAAGACAUGUACACCACAGCAGAGACCACCCCAGAGCCCACCACCGCUGCACCUGCCACCACAACCACCACCACCACCGCCGCCACCACUGUCAAGACCAGGGUCCCCUUCAGGCCCAGGGUUCCCAUGACAACAGCAACCCAGGCGGUGCCAACAGAGAGAACGUCCCGCCCACAGCAGCCCACAACCACACAGGAGGCUAACAACGAGGCUGGUGCCGCAGGGCCGAGUGGAGACUUUGAGAUCCACGAGGAUCGGCGUAACGAUCUUGGUCGAGGUGUAAUACCGGUGGAACCUGAUCUGAUUGGUAACACAGUGGACGGAGGAAGCUCCGCCGCCCAGCUGCCACAGAAGAACAUCCUGGAGAGGAAAGAGGUCUUGAUAGCGGUGAUAGUAGGAGGAGUAGUGGGCGCCUUGUUUGCAGCCUUCCUGGUGAUGUUGCUGGUGUACAGGAUGAAGAAGAAGGACGAGGGCAGCUACACGCUGGAGGAACCCAAACAGGCCACCGUCACCUACCAGAAACCAGACAAGCAGGAGGAGUUUUACGCAUAACACUCGUAUGCCAGAGAGACGCACCGCACGCCGAGGGAGAGAGAAAGAGCGAGAGAGAGAAGAGAGAAAGAUACUCUAAGCCCCCGUCCUCCUCCUCCUCCUCCUCCUCUUAUUCUUCGUCGCCUCCCCCUCAUCUGCUCGCCUCUCCUCAUCCCUCUCUCCUCUCGUCUCUGAAACACUUGAGAGCGCCUCUCUCUCUGCGGACUUGGAACUUUCUUUUCAAUGAAAAUGAAAAAGAGGACAAAAAAAAAGGAAAAAAAAUCCAAAUAUAUUCUGAAAAAAUAACACAUACACACGAGAUGUUUUUAAAGUAAAUGUUGUUAUUAAUAUUCUACAGA